AUGUCUCCCCGGGCCGGCCCGCCGCGGUUCGGUCCGCUGCAGCUGGUGCUGGCGGCGGCGGGAGCGGGUGCGGCGGCCCUGGACGUGUUCGCCGACGGGUGGGUGGCUGCGGGGUACGCGCGGGGCGGGCAUCCCGCCUGGGCCGUGCUGGUGCUGGCGCUGCUGGCCGCUGCCUCGGUCGCUACCCAGGCCUGCAGCUGGAUCUGGCUCCGCUCCGACCCGCCCGCCCUGCGCCCCGAGGUGCCCCCAUGGCUGCUCGCCGCCCUCCACUUCCUCCAGCUCGGCUUCCUUUUCAGGUGCCUUCACGCUUUGAAGAUGGGCUGGGAGGUGUGCUGGGCAAAGAGAGAGGAGGAGCAGGAGCGGAGCCGCAUGGCCUUUCUCUCCCACGACAUCAGCAUGCUCCGCCUCUUCGAGACCUUCCUGGAGAACACCCCACAGCUCACGCUGCUGCUCUAUGUCAUCCUGCAGACAAACAAGGCAGACACCUCCCAAGGACUGGGGAUCUGCACUGCAUUCCUCUGUGUGAGUUGGUCUCUUCUGGAUUACCACCAGUCCCUGCGCUCCUUCUUGCAGGACAAAUAUGAGCUGAGUUGGGGCUCUUCUGUUGUCUACUUCCUAUGGAACCUUUUCCUCGUCUGCCCCCGCAUCCUCGCCGUCGCCCUCUUUGCCCUGCUCUGGCCCUAUGGUGUGGCUGUCCACUUCCCACUCGUCUGGCUGGCCAUGUUCCUCUGGGUCAGCCUGCAGGGCACGGAUUUCAUGGAGUCACCUGGCCCUGAGCAGCUCUACCGGGCCAUGGUGGCUGUGAUCCUCUACUUCAGCUGGUUCAACGUGGCAGAGGGGAGAACACUGUCCCGCAGCAUCAUCUAUCACAGCUUCAUCCUGGUGGACAGCACGCUGCUGGUCCUGGCCUGGCUCUGGGGCUGUGCUCCCUCUGAUGAACACUCCUACCUUGUCCCCGUGGUCUCUGCUGCAUUGCCCUGCUACCUCCUGGGACUGGUGCUGAGAGUCACCUACUACCAGUGGCUGCACCCGAAUGUGUGGGCACAGCAAGAGGGUGGCUGUGACGAGGUGGAUGCUGAGGGAAGGACUGAGGGGCCGGGGCUCCUGAACAGGCGGAUGCAGGGAAUGGCCCAGAUCCACUUCCCCACCGCCCGACCCCGGGGGCUGCACUCUCUGAACGGGGCUGCUGCUGCUGCUGCUGAGUCUGCUGUCUGAGGCAGCUCCUCCACAGUGACUUGGCACUGUGAUAGGUAGAUUGGUUUUGUUUGUUAUCCUGUUCUGCUCCUUCAGGCUGUUGUUUUGGGCAGUGGGAGGGAGACCUGGCAGAGCUGAGGGGAGAGGUGCAAGUGUUGAGUCUCAUGGGCCACCCCACAGCUCCCACUGCUGUGCCCUCAGGAAGAGCCAUGGUGUUCAGGCCAAGGAGGGAGGGUCCAGCACAUUGUGGCUGCACUGUUUUGUCAGCUUUUCUAGUUAUUUAUUACUAUAUUUUUCAAAACAAACACCCAAAAAAAGAACAA